AUUUUCUACGUUCUCCAUGGCGAGCCUCUAAGCUUGGUGCGCGUUCACGAGAGAUGGGAGGCGAUAGCUGCGCAUGUCCGGGUGAAGGCCGCUGAGUGACUGCGGCACCAGAGAGAAGGGCUAGAUUGGCGCAUCAUCUCCUCAGGUUAUUGCCUCUUAAUUGUUCCGCAAUGGUUAAAUGAGUAAAGACAGUUUAAAAUGAUGGACUAAGAAAGUGAAACUAUGGGGCAAAGAAAGAAACCGUGUCCCCGGUUGCUGGAUUACCUGGUGAUCGUUGGUGCCAGGCAGCCAAGCAGCGACAGCAUUUCUCAGACCCCUGAGCUUCUCCGGCGUUAUCCUUUGGAGGAUCAUCCUGAAUUUCCUCUUCCUCCUGAUGUGGUGUUUUUCUGCCAGCCAGAAGGAUGCCUGAGCGUCCGUCAGAAACGCAUGAGCCUGCGGGAUGACAUGUCCUUUGUUUUCACGCUGACCGACAAAGAUAGUGGAGUCAUCCGGUAUGGAAUCUGUGUCAAUUUCUACCGCUCUUUCCAGAAACGCCUACCAAAGGACAAGAGCCGUAAACCCCCAAAGCCAGCAUCAGAGAAUGGUUCUGAAGGAUCUGAUGGAGGCCAUCCCAUGCAGCCCCAUAGUGCUGAAUCCACCCCUGAUAUCAAUCGUUCUCCCCGUGGGAAACGUCUUUCUAAAGGGACACAAAGGUCCCGGAACAGUACAUUGACCUCACUUUGCAUCAUCAGUUAUUAUCCUUUCUUUUCAACAUUCCGAGAAUGCCUGUACACCUUGAAGCGGUUAGUUGACUGCUGCAGUGAAAGACUAGUCAGCAAGAAAGCUGGUAUCACUAAAGGUGUUCAGAGAGACACAAUGUGGAGGAUUUUCACUGGCUCCCUGCAGCUGGAGGAGAAACCCAACGUGCUCCUGCAUGACCUCCGAGAGAUAGAAGCAUGGAUCUACCGCUUAUUACGAUCCCCAACUCCGGUUCCAGGCCAGAAGCGGGUUGAUGUAGAGGUCCUACCUCUUGAUCACCAACCACCCCUGACCUUUGCCCUUCCUGAACCCUCACGGUUCUCCCUAGUGGACUUUCCCUUGCACCUGCCAUUGGAACUUCUUGGGGUGGAGGCUUGCUUGCAGGUUCUGUCCUGCAUCAUGCUGGAACACAAGGUGGUUCUGCAGUCCCGAGACUAUAACGCACUGUCUAUGUCUGUGAUGGCGUUCGUUUCGAUGAUUUACCCACUGGAAUAUAUGUUUCCUGUCAUUCCUCUUCUGCCCACUUGCAUGGCUUCUGCCGAACAGCUGCUCCUAGCCCCCACCCCAUAUAUUAUUGGGGUUCCUGCCAGCUUCUUUCUCUACAAGUCGGACUUUAAGAUGCCAGAUGACGUGUGGCUGGUUGAUCUUGACACUAAUAAGGUUGUUGCUCCCACGAAUGCAGAGCUGUUGCCUGUUCUUCCAGAACCAGAGGCCUCAGAACUCAAAAAGCACCUUAAACAGUGUCUACACAGCAUGUCCGUGAUCACGCAGCAGCGUCUUCUCGCCUCAGAUAACAAGGCAUUGGCUAGCAUGAGUCUGAACACUCAACCCAUCCUCAAUUUGGACAGAUUCCAUGAAGGUGCAGAUGCUGCACUGUUGAAAGCCCCCAACGAUGCGCAGGGAACACCUUCUACAGAAUUUAACCCCCUUAUAUAUGGAAAUGAUGUUGACUCUGUGGAUGUGGCAACAAGGGUUGCCAUGGUACGUUUUUUUAACUCCCCGAAUAUGUUGCACAACUUUCAAAUGCACACUCGCACCCUGCGCCUUUUCCCUCGGCCAGUUGUGGCUUUCCAAGCCUCUUCCUUCCUGGCUGCACGACCAAAGCCUUCUCAUUUUACUGAGAAACUUUCCAAAACACAGGCAGUGGAAUUCUUUGGGGAGUGGUCACUGAACCCCACUAACUUCGCGUUUCAGAGGAUUCACAACAACAUGUUUGACCCUGCUCUGAUUGGGGAUAAGCCCAAGUGGUAUGCUCACCAGCUGCAGCCCAUUCACUAUCGCGUCUAUGAUGCUAACUCACAGCUUGCUGAAGCAUUCAGUGUGCCAGCAGAGAGGGACAGUGACUCUGAUCCUACUGAUGACAGUGGCAGUGAUAGUGUGGAAUAUGAUGACUCCAGCUCUUCCUACUCUUCUCUUGGAGACUUUGUCAGUGAAAUGAUGAAAUGUGACAUCAACGGGGACACUCCAAAUGUGGAUCCGCUGACACAUGCAGCCCUGGGAGAUGCCAGUGAGGUUGAGUUUGAUGACUUCCAAGAAUACUCAGGAGAGAUUGAGGAGAACAAUGGUGAUAGUGAGAAUUCUCCGGAUAACAAUCAACCUCGCUCUGGAUCUAGCACAACAGACAGCAGCAGCCCCAGUACUGUUAUACACGGGGCUAACACGGAAUCAGCUGAUUCUGCAGAGCCUGAAGAUAAAGUUAUGGGUGUGUUGCAAAAUCACUUGCCAGUUUUGCCACCCACAUUCACCCGUAUAGCCAUGGAGAGGAGGGAGAACGAUGUUUCACUGGGUGGUGGAGAGGCCCGAAAACGCGAGUAUGACAACCCCUACUUUGAGCCACAAUAUGGAUUUCCUCUGGAAGAGGAGACUGAAGAUCGAGAGGAGAGCUAUACACCGAUGUUUAACCAAAGUGUAAAUGGUAACCGAUCCCCAAAGCCUCUGCUUCGCCCCAAUAGCUUAAAGCUUGCAAGUGAUUCUGAUGCAGAGACGGAUUCUCGAGGUAGUUCUCCCACAUCCACUGUGUCCAACAACAGCGGCAAUAACGAGGGAUUUGGAGGCAUUAUGUCUUUUGCCAGUAACCUGUACAAAACUCACAGCAGCAGCUUUAGUUUAUCGAGCCUGACGCUGCCAAGCAAAAGCCGAGACAAGGCUACUCCUUUCCCCAGUCUGAAAGGUCAACAGGAAGCUACAUGGGAGGUGGGAAAAGUAUUUGGGCUUAAUACUAUAAUGGAGAUUAUUGCAGACUCCGGUCCCGCCCCUGCAGAAGGCAGUAACAGGCGUGCUCUUGUUGACCAGAAGUCUUCAGGAAUAAAGCACAGCCCUACAGUCAAACGAGAAUCUCCCUCUCCUCAGGGGAAAUCAAACAACUCCAGUGAGAACCAGCAGUUCCUAAAAGAGGUGGCUCUGGGCGUUCUGGAGGGCCAAGGUGUAGGAUGGUUGAACAUGAAAAAGGUGCGGCGAUUGCUUGAGAGUGAACAACUGCGCGUCUUUGUGCUGAGCAAAUUGAACAGGUCCAUCCAGACAGAAGAAGAUGCUCGCAAUGAUGUCAUCCAAGAAGUGGAAAUAAGCCGAAAAGUUUACAGGGGCAUGCUUGACCUGUUGAAGUGCACCGUGUCCAGCCUGGAGCAGACUUACGCCAAUGCUGGGCUGGGAGGAAUGGCCAGUGUCUUUGGCUUACUGGAAAUCGCUCAUAGCCACUAUUACAACAAAGAACCGGAGAAAAGGAAGCACAGUCCGUCUGCCGAUGGAGCUGUCACCCCUGUGUCUAGGGAUCCUGUUUCAGCCCUGAGGGUAGAGUCUCGACCUGCCCCCCAGCUGCCUGCCAAGCAGCUCUUGCCCCGCCCUUCAGGCCCUGCUGGCAGAGGGCCACGCGAGUUUGACACCCGGAGUCUUAAAGAAGAGAAUUUUGUGGCUUCCAUUGAGUUGUGGAACACGCAUCGGGAAGUGAAAAAGCAAAAAGCUAUGGAUAAACAGAGUACUAAGCCCGUACUGCCUGUGGUUGACAGUGGAGAGACCGAGGAGAAGAAGUCUCAGAUUAGCGCAGACAGUGGUCUGAGUGUCACAUCUGGUUCCCAGCGAAGUGAUCUGGACACAAGCAGCGUGGGACCCUCCAUCCUAAUAAGAAGCAGCAGCCAGGACUCUGAAAUCAGCACAGUGGUGAGCAACAGCUCGGGCGAAACACUGGGAGCCGACAGUGACUUAAGUAGCAAUGCAGGAGAUGCCCAGGGCGGCCCAGGCGGAAGCCAUCUAUCGGGAUCAGGGGCUGUGUCCGACAGCGAAAUUCAGAUGAACUCAUUCACAGGAGCAGUCUUUGCAAAGCCGCAGAUGCUCCGCCCUGGUGAGAGAGAAAGGAAUGUCAGCCCUGGGCGCCCACAGCAAGACUUGAGCCAACGCAUUUACUUGUACGAGGGGCUUUUAGGAAGAGAUAAGGGGUCAGUCUGGGACCAGCUGGAAGACGCAGCCAUGGAAACCUUCUCAUUGAGUAAGGAGCGUUCCACUCUGUGGGACCAGAUGCAGUUUUGGGAGGAUGCUUUCCUAGACGCUGUUAUGCUGGAGCGAGAAGGAAUGGGUAUGGACCAAGGACCGCAAGAGAUGAUAGACAGGUAUUUCUCUCUUGGCGACCAUGACCGGAAGCGCUUAGAGGAAGACGAGGAUCGCCUGCUGGGCACUCUUUUGCACAAUAUGAUUUCCUAUAUGAUCAUGAUGAAGGUGAAUAAGACAGAUCUACGCAGGAAGGUCAGGCGUAUCCUUGGAAAGUGCCACAUUGGCUUAGUGCACAGUCAACAAAUCAAUGAACUGCUGGACAAAGUGACUGACAUGAAUGCCCGCGAUCUAAGCGUUCGCCCCAGUGGGAGCCGUCACAUCAAGAAGCAAACCUUUGUGGUGCAUGCUGGGACAGACACAAGUGGAGACCUUUUCUUUAUGGAGGUUUGUGACGACUGCAUCAUCCUUCGCAGCAACAUCGGCGCAGUGUAUGAACGGUGGUGGUAUGAAAAACUCAUUAACAUGACGUAUUGUCCCAAGACUAAAGUGCUCUGUCUGUGGAGGAGAAAUGGCCAAGAAACUCAGCUCAACAAAUUCUUCACCAAGAAGUGCCGGGAGCUGUACUACUGUGUGAAGGAGAGCAUGGAAAGGGCUGCAGCACGACAACAGAGCAUAAAGCCAGGGCCGGAACUUGGAGGAGAAUUUCCCGUUCAGGACAUGAAGACCGGAGAAGGGGGACUUCUUCAAGUUACCUUGGAGGGGAUUAACCUAAAAUUCAUGCACAGUCAGGAGCGGAAGGUUUUCAUACAGCUGAAUCAUAUUAAAAAGUGUAACACUGUACGGGGCGUCUUUGUCCUGGAGGAAUUUGUUCCUGAAACUAAAGAAGUGGUGAGCCACAAAUACAAGACACCCAUGGCCCAUGAGAUCUGCUACUCCGUCCUGUGUCUUUUCUCAUACAUGGCUGCCAUCAGAGGAAAGGAGGCAGAGCUGAAGAGCAGACCCCCUCGGCCCGUGUCCAGCUGACCUAUCACCUCCCUCGUUGACCACAACCUCGGUCUCCGGUCCGCCCCUUCCAUGCAGCCGGCUCUUCAGACAGCAGUUACCUGGGUAUUUCGCUACAACAUUCCCUCCAGCCACGGAGCCUGCACAGAUACCCAUGUAUUCGCUCCACUACAUGUCUUGAUAGCUUAUAUUUUUCAAUAUACCUCCCCUCUGCUUGUGUGGCGUGUGCUUUGCGUGUUACUGGCAGUCGUGCAAGGAGUUCAGCUCAACUCUUCCAGAUCUACAGGUGUGUCUCCAUUUUCUCUCGUUCCAUGGUUCCACAUUCAUGCUUUAUAUAUAGUGUGUUGGUGUUCUUGUCGCUGACUGCUAGGAUAGGACUGAGUGGGGCUGCUUCAGUUAUGGGGGAGGGGAGAUGAAAACACACAGGUGUUUGCCAGCUCGAGCGCACACCCAGCUUCUCCAUCCCAAGUGGAACCACCUGCAUCCGACCCAUUCGCUACCAGCCUGGAACCUGGGAUUCUCACCCACUUCUAGGGGUCCUGGUAACAUAUGGGCAAACAAUGGCUGAACUUGAAGCAGACGGAAAGCUUCAUGGUACUUAAUGUAAAUACUUCGUAUGUGAAACUACUGUCUGUAUCUUUCCCUGGCACAAGAUGUAAAUAUCCAAGUCUUUCUUAUUUAUAGAAAUCUGUACAGUUCCAUGAAUGUGCAAUAAAUGGCAUUCUGAUGCAGUCCUCAUUA